CAUUUGGAUGAACAGAGAAUAUUUUCGUAUCAGAUACUAUAUUUGGUUAAUUUUGUAAUCAACUCCCGUUACUAGGAACCUCUUUAAUCGUAACCAAUAACUAUGUAACCAUCACUAAGAUUAUAUUAAAUGUAACCUAAAAUUACGAACUAUAGGCACAAUGUUAUCCUAACAUCAGAACUUUUUUCUAAGUAUAGUAACAUACCCACUUGACGAAGAACUUUGUCAAAGUUCUGUAAUCGUGAACACAGACCUUUAAGAAAACCGCAGGGUACAGAGACCUGCUUUGCCAACAGUCGUCAAACCCACCUCGCAAUUGACGGUCGAUUAAUCUCGAAGUGCCGCCAUCUUGGACUCGCGAUCUUCCUUUCGAUAAGAGACGUUCCUCUCUUCCUCUCUCUUUUCCUUGCUCUCUUUCUCCCUCUUCUUUUUCUAAUUCUUUCCUUCUUGACUAGUCCUGUCUCUCUUCUUCUUACAUAGGCGCGAGCGCUCCUUCCUUCUUCGUCGCGCUCGAACCUCGCAGCCAAUCAGAAGCCGACUUUCCGUAAGCGUGAGCGUUCCUCGUCGCUCAUUGGCCGAGAUCGUCUCGGUCCUCCCCCCACCACUUGCCAGCUCGGAAUAAGAACGUCGUAUAGUACUCCCGCCAGCUUCGAAAUUCAUCUCCACGUGAAAAUUGUCAGGCCGGGAUCGACAGUUUAACUACAACCGCGAACGUCGACUUGUCGGGGCUGUCGGCAAGCAAGAAACUCGAAUUAAUAAGAAACGAUGAAAUGAAGUUUCAUUCAUUUUCGCCAAAUUUGAAAUUUAUCUCCAUGUAAAAACUGCCAAGCCGUAAUCAACAGUUUAACUAAUAUCGCCUCGUCAAGGUUAUUGGCGCCCAAGAAAUUCCACUAAAGAAAAGAAACGAUGAAAUGAAGUUUCAUUUAUUUUCGCCAAAUAUGAAAUCCAUCUCCAUGUAAAAACUGCCAAGCCGUAAUCAACAGUUUAACUAAGAUCGCCUCGUCAAGGUUAUUGGCGUCCAAGAAAUUCAACUAAAGAGAAGAAACGAUGAAAUGAAGUUUCAUUUGUUUUCGCCAAAUUUUAUGUUCAUUUCAACGUGAAAAACUGCCAAGCCGGAAUCGAUAGUUUAAUCUAUGAUCGCCUUAUCGAGGCUGUCGGCGCCGAAGAAAUUCGACUAAAAAAAAAAAAGAGAUAAAAUGAAGUUUCAUCAAUACUCCCGCCAGAUUGAAAGUUCAUCUCUACGUGAAAAUUGUCAAGCCAGCACCGACAGUUGAACUACGAACGUCGUCUUAUCAAGGUUGACAUCCAUAAGACUCGUCAGCAAGAAAGGAAACGUUGAAACGAAGUUGCUUUAAAAAAAAAUUCACUGACGUCGUAGAUAUGCCGCGUUUUUUAUGACACUUGCCAGCGUGCAUAAUAAUCGCGAGGAAAGUGAGAUAACGAUUGACAGCAUCGAGAUAUUAUCCACGUCCAUUGUUGGGAAUUCAUUUUAACGAUGCUGAUAGAAAUAUAUAUUUGUAAAUGCUCGGCAAGAUGGCGUUCGGGGCAUGGAUUUUGUAAAUAGAGAUCCUUUGACGUGAAAUUUAAGAGUGACUUUUGACACACGGUUAAACGAUUACAACUGAGUGACGUUGAAUUAAGUCAAAUUGAACGGCAUAACAGUGAAUGGGACGUUAUAUUUGAAUCCACCCGAGUUCAAAUACGAUGUGCCGGGCAUGACUUCUGGGUAUGUCGUGUACUUUCACUGAAACACACGGAUGGGAUUCUUACGUUGGUAUUUGCGGGCCGUUUGGUCGUACACAAUUCACCAUAGGGGGUGAAAUGUGCAGCUGCCGGAUUCCAGGAGCCGAAGGACAUAAAUUCGCUUCUAUUCCAUUGCGUCAGUCCUUGGAGUGAGAAAGGUCCAGGAAGGCUGUGAGAAAAGUUCCUCUCUAAAAAGGACGAAAUCCCUUGAAAUAAGGGUACUUCCUCUAAAAGUGAUUCCUAAAGGUAAAGCCACUUCGGUGAGUUUCCUUUUUUUUUUUUUUUUUCUCAAAGUGGACUUCCCAGGAUUAAGAAAUAUUUUUCCCCGUGAUGACGGUGGGAGAAAAGCGAGGGUCUUCCGAAUUUGUGAUUUCUAACCGAUUGGCGUAAGGAUAAAAAGAAAAAAACAAACAUUGAAGAAAAGGAUUGUUCAUACAAAAUGUAUAAAAGAAACGGCGAGAUUUUGUAUCCGGGACAUCGGGUCAUUUUUUCAUGAAAUGGUUAAUGAUACGUCCUGGAGAGAUACGAAGGCAGCUAUAAUUCAAGGAACUACGUUUGAAGUUAACCCAUGGUGGUAAAUUUCAUGGUACACCUGGAAAAAAUUGUUAACGCAUUUGAUAAUAAAAACAAAAAAAAAACUUGAGAAGCUGGAGGGCGUGGCGCGACCUCGAGGAGCCGUUUAACAGGGUGUAAUAAAAUUAAAAUAUAACGAUUUGUUGUGAAAUUUAUAAAAAUUAAGAUUAGGUAAGGCUCGAUGCGAGCCUGGUGAAGUGAACUGUAACUGUUAAAAGGCACGGUCGACUGGCAAAAAACAAUUGUAUAAAAUCGGUCGACGAAGAAGCCGCGAAGCCGGGACGAAUCGGAACAUCCUCCUAGGGUCGAUCCGAUCGAAUCGAUCUGGUCAUCGAACGUCUCGUCGCUUCUUCGGUUCAGCGAAUGGACGUCAAUUAGCCUCGAUUAACUCGAUUCAAGUUGGAGCUCUGCAAGCGAUUAGUCUCCCUACGAUCGGUGUCAUACGCGGCAUACCGAGCCCAUCAGAAGAGACUUUAUGGUCGCAAAAUCCAAGUUACACAUUGCGCAGUUAAAUAAAAGAGAUCAUCAAAAAGAAGAUUCAUCCGUAAAGGUGCUCCCCCAAAUUCCAGGAUCUUUGGAAAAAUAUCGCCAGAUCCAGAAAUCGAUUUUCGCCGUAGUGAAUCGACCUCGUUGUGGAAUACUAGCAGAUGAAUGAGACCGUACGAUAUUCUACGUUUAAAGGACGUACAUUUAUAUUAAAUUGUCAUACGCGGCAUACCGAGCCCAUCAGAAGAGACUUUAUGGUCGCAAAAUCCAAGUUACACAUUGCGCAGUUAAAUAAAAGAGAUCAUUAAAAAGAAGAUUCAUCCGUAAAGGUGCUCUCCCAAAUUCCAGGAUCUCUGGAAAAAUAUCGCCAGAUCCAGAAAUCGAUUUUCGCCGUAGUGAAUUGACCUCGUGGAAUACUAGCAGAUGAACGAGACCAAGCCGAAUGAUCCAACGACGUCCUUACGUUUAAAGGACAGACACUCAUAUUAAAUAUAAACAAUUGAAAUCGAUCUAUAAGGAUUUUAUCAUUUUCAUUCAAUCAUUUGAAGUACUUGGAAGAGACAAUUGGCCAGGCUGUGGCUAUGUGUGGGGCUCGCAAUAUGAUAUAAGGAGCCAAAGGGGAAAAAAAAAAAGGCGAACGCGACCGAAGAGGCAAGCUCAACGAUAAUAUCUGAGUAUUGUCUCGGUAUCGCUCCCAAGUGGCGAGUUUCGAGCUUAGAGUGACCUCGAACUUGGCGUCGAGCUGUGGGGCCGAAGGAGUGGCUCUCUCCAUUCCCCUCGAAAAUGUCGUACACGCUCGCCGAGUUGGUGGAGUGCCGUCUGAAGCCCGAGGAGAAGUCCAGAAUGUACCCCUGCUUGAAGGCGAGGUGUGUCAUGAUGUCGGGAGAUUCGCCACCGCCUCUGCACGCUUCGACAUCUUUCUCAGCCUUGGAUGGUCCAGACGACUCCAGGGGUAAAAUAACGCCGCCAUUGGAUACGAGUCUCGACAAGCCGUCAACGGACACGGAGAUGGACGUGUCCAAGGAGGAAGUCCCGAUAAUUCAAACUACCGUGCCUGCGCCCGAGCCUCGACCUAAAAUCGAGAAGAACGGAUUCGACAGGGACAUGAUCGACGGCAAGAAGCCGGUCCACGACGUCGACGACGACUCCUGUCUGAUAAAGUGUGUCUACUUCACCCAGCAAUGCUGCGAGUGCAGGAUACUCUGAGAUAGCACGUCGUCUGCUAGAACUGACAUUCCGAGUGCGCAAGCGUGGGUCUGGUCGCGUUCCGCGAGUCACGUGACGCCGUCCGCCAUCUUGUCCGUUUACGAACUUAAAUGUCGACACGCUUCAGAGACACUGCGCACGUAAAUAUAAAUAUAUAUAUAUGUCCAUAUGUACCGCAUACAUGAUCAUUAAGAAUAUUAUUAAUAAAAUAAUAUUGCACGGUAGCUGUGAUCCACGUGGGUUUGUUCGGCGACGUGCCCGCGAUGACUCUCUUUUUAACCGCUUUAACGGUCGGAGUGGAAGUAUAGGUUAGAGCUGUGACAGCGAUGAAUUCAGAUGUCUGAAAAGGUGUGAAAAGUUAGGGGCAUUUAUGAGAGGUUAUCUCACGAGAAAGUAAUAAGUGAUAGCGAUAUUAUUCCGUUUGCUUAAUGCAUGAGAACUAAGGGGACGAGUGCAUGUUUUUCUACUAGGAUGGCAGGAGAAGGGUUAUAGACAACAUCGCUUAAGGUAUACAUAGUCAUGCGAGGUAAAUUCGAAUUAGAGUUUUUACGAAAUCAUAGGGUACGUCUGAAUUCAUUGACUCAGGUUAUGUUUAAGGAGUAUGUCAUAGGGAGGUUUAGUAGACACAUUAGUGUACAGUCAAGACUUUGCCCCGAAACGUAGAGCGAGGCACGUAACCUUGUGACUUGGAAUCGACAUUUGCAUUUGAUUUUCCUUUAAGAAGAUAGUUAAGUCACUUAGACUGACUCCGAGGUGAUAUUGAAUAGUGCGUGCAGUAGAACUACGUUUACUAAUUUUGUCAAGAAGUUUAUUGUAUAGUUUGGAAUGAAAAUUAUUCGUAACGAUGACUUUGAGUGCUUCGCUCUGUGUAUGCGGUAUGCAUAGGUACAAUGAAUAAUGGCCUGUAGGUCAUAGUUAUUUUUACAGAUCGUUCAAUUACUCAUUCUCUACCUGCUUCUAAGUAUCCGUUUUGCUGAAAGUUGAUUUCUCUUUUUUUUUUUUUUUUUAAGGAGUAUUAAUACUUUUGUUGUUUAUCACAUUUCCUGAAUCUCAAUUGAUACGUUUAGUAUUAAUGCAUCUUACUAAUAUAGGAGCGAAAACAAAUAGUAAUGCAUGUUGGAACGAUUGAAAUAUUAAGUCCGAAUUGUGCAGCGACGUGAAACGAAAGAGAUGUAUUUUAGCAAUAAUGCGUAACUAACAUUACUACGUUCUUGUAAUUCCUGCCAGCAGUAGAUGGAAGUAAUAUAUAUUCUAAAAUAGGAUCGCAACGUAAGGCCUUACAUUUUAUUUUAUACAGGCCAUGUAAAGUGACCGUGCCUUAAGAGAAAUGACAAUCGCGAUUUAUCAAUGUAGCCACGACUUGACGUCGAAUUUGAGUGACAAAUUUAUUCCUGGCAGUGCUCAACGAUAACUACAUCCAUGUGUACAUAUGUAAGAGACGUUUUUAGAAAAAGGACACAAAAACCGAUGCUACGUUACACGUAUUUACAUAAGUAACAGAUUUAUUACAAAGGAAAGUAUGCGUGUAUAUAAUCAAAAUUCCAUUUAGCGGUUCGGACUUAAACGUUAUAAGUGAGUGGAAGUUGUGAAAUUGAUCGUCAAAGGACUAUUUAAUUGAAGUGCAAUUUAUUUUACAACAUUGCCUGCCCGUUUGUCAAGUAAUAUCACGCAUUUAAUACACACUCCUUGGGACACGGCAACAGUUAUACACAUUGCCUCAUUAUGAAUUACGAUAACAUUACAAAUGCAUUGAUCUGCUGCAAGUAACGAAGACUAAUAUCGCCAAAAUAUUAACUAUCACCCGUCGAACUGGGAGCCGUGUCACAAGCGAAAAGAAUUACAAAUCAAUCGUUAUUUACAAAUAAAACGAAUAAAAA